CAAUGACAGCAUUUUCUAGUUUUUUUGGUCGUUCCUUGCGAGUCAGGCCAGUCUUGUAUGGGAGUAUUCUAUUCUAUUCUAAACUGACCCCUAUCGAGAUGCAUAUUUCCUCGCAGUCCGAAUGAUAGAAUCCGGACCAAGUAACUAAGCUCCGAAGCUACGAUACCCAUACCUACUGAACCUCAAGCAUAUCCUGUGCCAUCACACCAUCCUCAGCCAAGAAACCCACUCCCAGAACUACAUUUAGAAACACAAUCCAACCCAUCUCCGGAAAAACCUCCAAAGCACCAUAUCCAAAACCACCAACCAGCACCACCACGAAACCAAAUAAGCUCCCAAUUGGCGGCAUAACCCCCGACCUCCCAAAGCAAUUCCCGAAAAAGGCCAUCUACCGGUCUCAGAUAAAUGAACCCAAAGACCAAAGCGGGAACUGCCAAGAAGAAGUGGUUUGAAGGUGAAACGCCAACCCCAAGUAACUACACCGAAGCCUUCAAACAGAUAUAAAAUCCACCACAUACUUGGCGAUUCCCAAGUGACCUUCGCUUACGAUUCGGAACUACUCAAUCCAGGGAGAAAAUAACCAUGAAAUUCCAAACAGCGACUGCUACCCUCCUUCUCCUCCCAGCCUUCGCGUGGGCAGCGACCAAGCGAGCCGAUACAUGGGGCGGGAGCGUAUCCCUCGGCCCCACAAGGUCGACGAUCACCAAUGCCGUGACGACUCUUAUCCCCGGUGCGGCGCCGGCGACGCAGAACGGGGUGCUCUUUCUCUGGCCCGGGAUGAGUAACGGGACGGGGGAUCUCGUGCAGACGACGCUGGAGAGUUGGGCGAGUAAUGAGUGGUGCGGCGCCGAGCAGGGCGAGUGGUGUGUGCGGGCGAGUUUGUUUGGGAGCUUUGGACAGUUGGAUGGCGAUGCGGCGCCUGUUAAGGGGGAUGAUCAGGUCCGGAUUGAGUAUGUGUUGUUGGAGGAUGGGGAUACUUGGUUGCAAAAUGUAACCAACGCACAAACAGGCGAGAUCCUCUCGACCUUCUCAUACAAAUCCGGACCCUACAUGACCGGCUACGGAACCGGAACAGAAUGCAACGAAGAUUGCACGGGCACCAUCGCGGCGCAGCAGUACGUCAACACGAAGAUCACGCUAGCGGAAGCGGACGAGACCUUCGGCGACACGAUUGCAUCAGCCGGCGGCGCGACCUACACCGGGUUAACAUCCAGUGAGGGAGGAAAGGUUUGGGAAAUCGAGAGCAUUGACGUUCCGGCCAUGUCGUCGUAGAUCAUAGGCGAUCACGGGAGUUGGCGUUGCCCUAGCAUUCCAGGAGUUACAUUCCUGUGGAGCUUAACAGGACCUCAGUGUAACUUCAGAAUCCAAAUUCGAGACUUCCGGGAAUGAUUCCCGAGAAUCUUGUAUAUCCUACUGGGUUCUAUGUAUGUAUCUUGUAUCGCACGUGCUUUUUAUGCUGUUUGUGGUUUGCUGGGUCGGAUUUUGAAGUGGAUGCUGGAUGGUCUCGACAUGUAGUUUUCUGACGUGAUUUGCUGGAAUGUGGAGUCGAUGAAUUCGAGAAUAGUGCCGAUAUCACGGAAUUCCACUUUAAAACUUAGAUUGAAUUUCUGCACGAUCUGCG